CUAUGAAGCUGUACGCUCCAGCUUUCAUUCUCCUGUGGAGUGCUGUCGGGAUAGCGAGGGCUGCCAAAAUUGUUGUUGUGCCGCCAAUUAUGUUUGAAAGCCAUCUUUAUAUUUUCAAGACUCUGGCCUCAGCCUUGCAUGACCAAGGUCACCAGACAGUGUUUCUCCUCUCUGAGGGCAGAGAGAUUCCUCCAUCUAAUCACUACAGACUUCAGCGCUACCCAGGGAUCUUUAACAGCAGCACCUCGGAUGAUUUUCUCCAGUCCAAGAUGAGGAGCAUCUUCUCUGGGAGACUGACAGCCCUCGAACUGUUCGAUAUCCUGGACCACUAUUCCAAGAACUGUGACAUGAUGGUUGGCAACCGAAACCUCAUGCAUGCCCUGAAACAGGAAAAAUUUGACCUGCUCCUGGUAGAUCCCAAUGAGAUGUGUGGAUUUGUUAUAGCUCAUCUUUUAGGGGUUAAAUAUGCCGUCUUCUCCACUGGCCUCUGGUAUCCAGCAGAAGUGGGUGCUCCAGCUCCCCUGUCUUACGUUCCAGAAUUUAACUCGCUGCUCACAGAUCACAUGAACCUAUUUGAGAGGAUUAAAAAUACUGUUGUUUAUCUUAUUUCAAGAUUUGGAGUCAGUUUUUUGGUUCUGCCAAAAUAUGAAAGGAUAAUGCAGAAAUACAAGGUUCUGCCAGAACGGUCCAUGUAUGACUUGGUUCAUGGAUCCAGCCUGUGGAUGCUUUGUACUGAUGUAGCACUGGAGUUUCCAAGACCUACGCUACCCAAUGUUGUUUAUGUGGGAGGAAUCCUAACCAAACCAGCCAGCCCACUGCCAGAAGAUCUGCAGACGUGGGUGAAUGGUGCUAAUGAAAAUGGCUUUGUCCUGGUCUCAUUUGGAGCUGGAGUGAAAUACCUGUCGGAAGAUAUAGCAAAUAAGUUAGCACAUGCUCUGGCGAGACUGCCUCAGAGAGUUAUUUGGAGGUUUUCAGGAAACAAACCAAGGAAUUUAGGCAACAAUACGAAGCUUAUAGAAUGGUUACCACAGAAUGACCUCCUUGGUCAUUCUAACAUUAAAGCUUUUCUUAGUCACGGAGGUUUGAACAGCAUUUUUGAAACCAUGUACCAUGGGGUCCCGGUGGUGGGGAUUCCACUUUUUGGAGACCAUUAUGAUACUAUGACUCGUGUGCAGGCCAAAGGCAUGGGAAUAUUGUUGAACUGGAAGACCGUCACUGAGAGUGAAUUGUAUGAAGCCCUAGUAAAAGUUAUUAAUGAUCCCAGCUACCGGCAGCGGGCCCAGAGGCUGUCUGAGAUUCACAAAGACCAACCUGGUCAUCCUGUUAACCGAACUGUGUACUGGAUUAAUUACAUCCUCCGUCAUAACGGAGCCCAACAUCUACGUGCCGCUGUUUACAGCAUCUCUUUAUAUCAGUAUUUCUUACUGGAUAUUGCCUUUGUUGUAUUAGUGGGUGCUGCCUUACUUUAUUAUAUUUUGGCCAGGAUAACAAAACUUAUCCGCAAACAAAGCAAACACCUUUGGUCAAAUGAUGAACAUAGCGCUGUUAAUGGACAUUACCAGAAUGGGAUACCAAAUGGCAAGUAUAGAAGAAAUGGCCAUAUUAAGCAUGAAAAAAAGGUGAAAUGAGCCAACUGCCCCAUGUAAAGUAGUAAUGAAUCAGAUCAGUAAUCGAAUUUUAUCGCUGUAACUUAGUCUAACUACUACUUAAAACCUCAAUAAGCAGUUCUAACACUCCCCUCAGUAUGUAAUAUUAUGUGACAAAAUUCUAACGGAACUAAAAAAAUUUUUUAAAAAAAAAAAAAGGCAAGCACAACCUAAAAUGGAAAAUAUUUUAUUCUUAAUACUGAUGCAGAGAGGUUAUUUUGGCACUGAAGUUUUUAGAAGCCUUAAUUCUCUGAAGUUACACAAUGACCGUAUUUAUGAAUUUUCACUUUUUAAAAGUUAAAUGAGUGUCCCGAAUGAGGAGAGGUUUCUUUUUAUUUGCAGAGGUUUUUUCUUUUUAUUUUCUUAUUUUAAUAUAUCCAUCUUUUAGCUGAGAGAACUUUAGUGCUAGCUCUGUUUCUUUUGUUGAAGGUUCAACACGUUGUGUAAGAAUGCUGUUUAAAAAAUAUUUUUUCCCAGUCUUUGUGCAAGAAAUAGCAAGUUGUGGACUGAGAA